GCAGGAUCCCCUCUUCGUGGUCUUCAUGAGGAGCAUAAUGAGCAAGCAAUUCGACUUUCAGUGAAUGGUAAAUAUUUGUUAGUGAGUUAGUUGACGGUAAAAAAGUCGGUCAUAAUGCAGAGUGAAUUAUUUUUUAUCGUAUUAGCUAUAGCAGGCGGGUCAUUGGCUCAGCAAUUGAAGGGCAACCAAGAAGAUCCCUGCAAGCUGAAAUCGAAAGUUGUAGGAGAUGAAACUUACUGCGACCGAUAUUGGGAAUGUGUCGAUGGUCAACCUGAGCUCUAUGACUGCCCUAAUGGGUUGGUCUUUGCUGGUAAACAUAGAGGAGUGACUGAAGGAUGUGAUUACCCUUGGAGAUCGAACUACUGCGAUAACAAGCAACAAGCAAAUCCUCCAAUCGGAACAGAGCAUUGUGACUGGCUGUAUGGAAUAUUUGGACAUGAAACAUCCUGCACAAGAUAUUGGACAUGCUGGAACGGUACUGCUACUGAACAGCUCUGCAUCGGUGGAUUGCUCUACAAUGAAAAAUCACAUUCCUGCGACUGGCCUGAUAAUGUUGAGGGAUGCCAAAAACAUCCUCUAUGUAACGAAGACCCCAAUGGAAACGUAGCCUUAGGAAAAUCUUGCAACAGGUACUGGCAAUGCCAAGGAGGCUACCCACGACUACAAAGGUGCCCAGCUAUGUUGGUAUUCGAUCGCAGAUCUCUAAGAUGCGUUGUACCUCCCACAGAGGACUGUGAUAUCCCUAGUACCAUCCCUCCACCACCACCAGAAGAAGAAGGUGAUGAGAACAUCCCCCAAAACAACCCCAAGUUCGCCAAUUUACCACCAGGUGCUAUAGCAGUUCCUAGCAAGUCAAGAAACUGAGAACAACUGACUGCAGUAGAGACAGUAGAACUUUUACGACUUCUUCAUCGAAAAAUAGUCUUGAUGGACCAAAUACUCACCUCAUCAUCUUGAAACGCUAUCUGAUUACAGCUGGGUUGAGCUUUAGUCUUUGACGUAAGGACUGAAGAUUCAACCUCAUUGAAAAAUUAUUACAUUUGUCCACUCUAUAUCGUCACGAAUGCACAGGACUGAAAAUACUGCACCAAUAAUUUAUUCUUGAAUGUUUUUAGGGGAAAUUUAUUUCUUAUUUAGUUGUACACGUUUGUAGUAUAUGUUUUAUUCUUCUUUCCACUGUUGUAUAUUUUCUUGUGCCAGUAUGUUCAAUUGUUGUUAGCUUGUUCGAAAAGAAUCAGAUGAUAUCGCAACUUUCUUUCUUAGAUUUUAAGUUUUAUGUAAAAUAAAUAAGAUAAUAAAUAUCUAAACAAACA